AUGAUCAGACAAAUAUGUCAAUUCCCCAGUUACGGAGAAAGAAUUCCAGGUCCAAAAUGUAAAGCAUUUGUACAUAUGCUUAGUAUUGAAAAAAAUCCUGGUUCUAAUGUUCAUUUUACAGCAAAAGUAACAGAUUAUACGAAAAACAAACAAAGUAAAACAGGAGCUCCACCAUUUGAAAAUACAAGUACGAGUUUAUUUGUCCCACCAGGGAAUAUAUUAGAGGCUUCAAUUCAUAGAGAUAGAUUGAACUCGAUUUCAAAUUUAUAUGGAUUGGCAACAAAUAAGAAAAUAAAUUUAGCUAAAUUAGUUGAUGAAAGUUCGGGUGAAGUUGAUAUAUCAAAUUUGUUAAUUUUAGUUUCAUUUAACUUUGCUUUACGAUUUUUUGAUCGUCGGAUACUCCCAUUUACAUGGGAUGAAAAUGUAGUAAAUUUUAAUUUACCAAUGGAAGAAGUCGAAAAACAGAGUAUCAAAAAAUUACUACUUGGAAUCUUUCAAAACAGAGACUUUGUCGUAGAUAUUUCUAAUUUAAUCUACGACUACAUACCAGAUACCUAUCAAAAUGAAAUAGAACAAACAAUUGAAGAUGGAAUAUUUUCCGAUUCAGAUUAUGCUGAAUUGGAGGAAAUUCUACAACAUAAUCAAACCCAUGUCAAAAGUGAAGGUGUAGAACGUCAAGUAAAAUUAUCAGAUAGUAAUCCACCACAAUUUCAACCACAAUCAAAUGAAAUAAAGUCUUCUGUAACACAAAAUAUAAAUACAGAAUAUUUAACAGCAGCAGAAGCUAUAAUUAUAACGGAAGAUUCAAUAUCAAUGGUAAUACCAGAACCAAAAACCAAAGACGGAGAACCAACUACUAUGUCAUUUAAAGAGCUACGAAAUGUUGAAAAUUUAGUUGGGCAAGUAUAUAAAAUAUUUGCAGAAAUCAUAUUUACUGAAUUUUCAAAUUGGGAUGAUCCACCAAAUGCGCAAGGUUUAAAAUUAGGCUUAUUAGAAAGAAAUGUUAAUGAAGAAAAUCAAUUAAUAGAAGUUUUAAUACCAGAUUGUGAUUUAACUAAUUUUUUUAAUGUUUCAAAUAUAGAACAAUUGAAAGAAAAAAUUGACAAACUGGAAUCAAUAUUUGCUAAAAUCAAAGGUAAACGAAUUGAAAUGGAAAUAAUUAGAGAAAAAGCUUCGGAUCAUUGUUAUUGGAAAUCAUUAAUGAGAAUGUGA